ACAGGGCGUGUCCGCUCGCUGCAAGACAAGGAAACAUGUUGGUGGUUGUCAGCUGUCCCUCUUCAGGUUGCGUUUGACCACAGUUUGUCCACCAGAAGAGAAGAGAAGAGAAAGAAAGACACCCAGUGGACACUUUCCUGUCCUUUAAUGGAUCAUUCUACCCCAGGACCGGUGAGCCCCACACCUUCUGGGAACGGUGGACACACUCAGUUUUUAGCCUUUGCUUUAGUGCUGGCCUUCUUCCUUCUGGGUCUAGCCGGGGUGGUGAUCUGCCACGUCCUGAAAAGGAGGGGCUACCGAUGCACCACCGCCCAGGAGGAUGAUGAUGAUGAUGAGGUGUUCGAAGAAGGAGAUGGCGAUCCUGAGCUUGGAGGAGAGUUUAAUGAGACCAUGAGUGAGAACAACGACACAGUCGGACAGAUCGUCCACUACAUCAUGAAGAAUGAAGCAAACUCUGAUGCCCUGAACGCCAUGAUUCACCAGAACAGCAUCGAUUCAGAUGUUUCUCCGACGUCACCCGUCUCUCUGGCUUCUUCGACCCCACCACCGACCCCCAUAUCACCAGGGGCGCCCCCCGGAGCCCCGAAGCACACGUGCAACCACCUGCACACCAUCGGCGGCCUGGGCGGCCACAAGAACAUCUGCAACCGCUGCAACCAGAAGAAAUGGCCGCUGAUGAGGAAGCCCUCAGCCCGAAAGUCAGAGCAGCGCCGCAGCAACGAGGUCACCGUCCUCUCUGUGGGCAGGUUCCGCGUGACAAAAUGCGAAAAACCAGCCAAGGAUCGACGCACUAUACUGAUAUCAGAGUCUAACGGCAGCGUCCCGUCAACACCCACAGAGGUGGCCCGCCGCAGCAGAAGGAUGUCAGAAUCCCAACAGGAAGAGAAAGAAAGCUCAGACAAAGAGAAGCGAUAGAAGUCCAGUUUUCCCACAUGUCAAGAACAGGACCAAACAUCUGGACACUUUAGAUUUUCUCUUUUUAUGUUAAACUCAAACGGGAACAGUGGCGCCCUCAGAGCUGGGAUGGACAAACCGAUCCAGGAGGGGUCUCUCCACGCCGGCGGUGAAAGCUGCCGCUGAGAACCUGGCAGGUCAAGGUUGAUUAAUAAACAGAAAAAGAGGAAGAAAGGGAGUGAGCCUUCCCCCACCCUGGAGCAUUUUUUUAGCAGUGCCUUGCUCAGGGGUGUCUUAGCAGGACGGCUGACGCCACAAUCUGAGCUUGAACCAGAGCUUUCUGAGUAACUCUGGUCUUUUCAGGACACCCACUUGAGUAACCUAUGUAUGUUUGUAUAUAUGUUUUUAUAAGUGAAAUUACAAAACAUCAUGUUUGUGUGUGUGUGUGUGUUAUAUAUAAAUUUAAAUUAUAAACCUACAUCCCUGAGGCAGGUACAGACAGCCUGGCACUGUUCCCAAACCAACACCAGGAUAUCGACUGUAUCGGUACCAGUGGGGAUAAGUCGCCCCUGUAGUGGCAUUAGAUGAACUCAGAGUGCCUGCUUUUUAACAUCUAUCACUGUUAAGUUCCAACCUAUUUUUUUUAAUCUAAUCACAGUAUGUUGUUGUUUUAGUGUUCUGUCUUACCUCAAUAAAGAACUUUCAGUAUUCUGAGUCGAACAA